UCCCUUGCUGAAUGUUCCCACCCACCAGCAAGAUUUGUUCUUCACUCCAACCCAACAACUCGAUUUCCCCCCAUUUGAUAAAAUUUUCUCUAACAAAUUAUCAUCACCCUUUUCCACAGCCAAGGAUUUGCUUUUGUAAUAUAAGAUGAUCACAAUUUUCUGAUUGUUUUGGAAAAAUGAUUCUCUUAAAGCAAAAGAAAGAGAAGGAAAAAAAAUGAAAGCCAUUUUGGAACAAGGAAAUGGGAAAUCAAUUAGUUGGUCUUUCUUAGUAUUCACCCUCAGCUAAAACAACAUCUCAACUGACAAACAGCCCAUUUUCUUAUUAUAUCAAAAAGGCAGCAGCUCCUCCAUGGAGAAUUAUGAAAGAAUGGUAAGGCAGUGGAAAGAAAAAACAUAAUGAGUGGGCAACUUCUGAGUCCAGAAAAGCCAGCAUUUCAACCUGAAUGGGCUCUGGAAAAUGUCCGCAUGACAUUCUUCAAAUGUGUUAGAUGGCAGGUAGAAGAGACAAUGGAUCCAAUCAACUGCCCUUACCAUUACUUCUGCGACAGCACCUACCCUGGGAAUUAUCCUCCUGUUGUGGAUAUCCUCCUGCUUCUCUUUGCAACAGCUUCAUAUCUGGGAAUCCUAGUCUUUACAGCAAUGGAGAUAUCCGGAGGAAGAAGUUUUCAUCAAACAAGGCGAUACUUAUUGCCAACUGGUCCGGUUUCCCUCCCAGUAAUCCUCUUAGCGCUUGCCAAAGGCCGACGUAUCAACACCAUCUUUCCUCUCUCAAGCGUUGGCCCAGCAAUCCUCCAACUGCUUCACAUAUCUGCUCUUGCCUUUGACACUGAAGCGGAUUCAGACAUCAAGUAUGCAUUCUUUGAGGCAUCAACAAUCUCGGGAAUUUUGCAUGCAAGCCUGUAUCUGGAUUCGGUUAUCUUACCUUACUACACUGGUUUUGAUGCUCUAGUGUCAUCCACCUUUUCUGGUGAAUGUAUAUCUUGUGUGUGCCGGAAAGAGGUGUUGGUUGUGGGAGGAAUGCUGGUCUCCUACAGGGGGUGGUCGGCAACUACGUUUUUGGUUGUGGGGACUCUGUGUUUGAGGAUAAUCUGCAGACUGACUGCAGAUGACAACGGCAAAACCACCAUAUUUAUCAAGUCAGUCUUGGAAAGUUUGUGUUGGAUGUUGAUUACUAUGGACUCUCUCUAUCUAACAAAAAAUUCUCCACCAGAAAGAUCUCUAUCACGUAGUGCUGCUUUUGGGGGUGUCUUUGUUUUGAUUUGUCUUCAUGUCCUUAGAAAGGUGUGUGCACAGCUUAGGAGAUGGCAUUCAGGGUGUGAAAAGGGAUGCAGCUAUGAUUUAUCACAAAACAGGAUGCAGCUAUAUGUAGAUCGGGGUUUUUAUUUCUAUUAAUGAGUAUGGAAUUCACCAAAACAGAUCAUAUAGCAUUAUCCAACGGCACAAUAUAUAUGUAAAUCUAAAAGCCGAUGGACUGCUGUAUCAAAAUUAACCAUAUAUGUGAAUAUUCUAAUAAUAACAAAAUAACCUGACCAUAA